AUGGCUUCGAGAUACGCCUUCAACACCGGUCUGAAGGAACUCCGGUUCCUCUUCUGCCAUUCUUCUGCACACGGCGAUGCUACCAGAGCGUUCCUCAAACGAGCAUACCCCACCAUGAAGAAGAACAACCCAUCCGUACCGAUAUUGAUACGGGAGGCGCUGGAUGUCGAACCAAGGGUAUUUGCCAGAUAUGGUUUAUCGGAUAAGGAGAUAGAACAGAAAGUGACAGUCCUUGUGAAGAACGAGGGACAGCCCCAACAAGCGUGA